CCCAGCCUCAGCCUGACGUUUGGGGGGGGGAACGAGACGCCAUGAGGAAGCCCCCCUAGAAAGGGGAGGAGUGUGGAGCAGAAUCAGUCAAUCCGUCGUAUUUAUUGAGCGCCUACUGUACUGGACUGAGCGCUUGGGAAGUCCAAGUUGGCAACAACAGAAGAAGCUUUGUGCCCAGGCUGUGCCCUAAGGGGGAGAGGAAGGGCUGAGGCCUGCCUCUUUUUUGGGGGGCCCCCAACAGGGUUACCCCCCCAUCCCUUUCCUUCAUCCUCAGCCAUGGCCGGUCACGACCGUAUGUUCAAGGUGCUCGUGGUUGGAGAUGCCGCCGUGGGCAAGACUUCCCUGGUGCAGCGCUAUUCCCAGGACAGCUUCAGCAAACACUACAAGUCCACCGUGGGAGUGGACUUUGCUCUGAAAGUGCUCCAGUGGUCUGACUCGGAGAUGGUGCGCCUCCAGCUCUGGGAUAUUGCAGGGCAGGAGCGCUUCACCUCCAUGACACGGCUGUACUACCGGGAGGCCUCGGCCUGUGUCAUUAUGUUUGACGUCACCAAUGCCACCACAUUCAGCAAUAGCCAGCGGUGGAAACAAGACUUGGACAGCAAGCUUACUCUGCCCAAUGGGGAACCCGUGCCCUGCCUAUUGCUGGCCAACAAGUGUGACCUGACUCCGUGGGCAGUGACCAGAGACCAAAUUGACCGGUUCAGCAAGGAGAACGGCUUCACCGGCUGGACGGAGACGUCGGUCAAAGAGAACAAGAACAUAAACGAGGCCAUGAGAGUCCUCGUUGAAAAGAUGAUGAUGAAUUCAGGAGAUGGGCUCGGCACUCUGCCCAGCCAAGGGGACUACAUCAACCUGCAGCCCGGGCCCACGCCAGGCUGGACAUGCUGUUAGCGUUGACUGGCUGCGGUCAUCCCACAUCUCAGGACAUCCCACAUCUCAGGACCUCCCUAUACUACUACCCUUUUCCAGUUUUCCCUGCCUUUCCUUCUCCUAACUGAUCCAGAAGCCUGAUGAAGUUCUCCCAGUCCAUCAUCACCUGCUCAGAAGAUCAGGGAGCGAUCCUUUAUUUCUCGGCUCUGAAAACAGGAGCCCUAGUUACACGUCUCCUUUUUGAGGUCGUCUGCUCUAUGCUGCAGCAUUGCUGAAGGUAGCAUUUCUGAGGCACUAGCCUUGGAAGGAAGACCUUUUUCUUUUUUCUUCUUUUUUUUUUUUGCAUGGGGGGACUCUUCCUCAUGAUGCACUCCUGGGUUUAUUUUAAAGGUGGGUGGGGAACUGAGGGGAAAAUGGAAACCAUUUCACCCAUUUUUUUUUCCCCCCUUGAACGCUGCCUGGUCAGAAGGCUUUGGACUCAGUUGAAAUGACAUGACUUUGCCUGAAAAACCAAUGAUCAAACCAUUAUUCACCAAACAUCUCUGUCCAGAUUGCUCCAUCAUAGACUGUGUAUCUACCAUCAUCCACCUGGCUUUGGAAGGGCCAGAUUUGGAGUUGCAUCUUCUAAUGAUACAGCCAGGCAGCCUUGUAGUUUAGCAGAAACCUGGGACCAGCUGCUGACCAAAGUCAUAAUGAUCUCUCCCUCCCUUUCUACCCCCACCCACUGUCCCUUUCUUCUCUUUUCUUGCUCUUUCCCUGUCUCUACCUGCUCAAGAAUGGCUGAACUUUUUAAUCAAUCCACCUGAAGGGUUCAUCAUUUGCGGUUAGAAAGUAUCCGUAUUUUCUUUCUUGUGCGUGGGCUGUGGCAUGAUUUCGAGUUCUCUCCAGUUUCAUAUAUUACCUCAUCAGCUGUUCUCAUGAGUAUGGUGUAUGGCUCAGGCUUUUGGGGUUCGUGGGGUUCUUGACACAUAUCUCUGCAAAUAGCGUGCUGAGGGUGGAGGAGGGGGGUCACCUUUUUGACAGUUUGUCUGAAUACCCCAGGGGACAGUGAACUUGGAAGGGCUACUCAGUCUCUAGAGCCAAUGGAAGAGUAUGAGCCUCCCAGAAGAGACAGCUGCUCUCACAAACUGUGCCUUUAAGGAAGAAAAAAUCGACUUGGUCAUUUAUGUGCAAGGUUCGGUCCUGGAUUUUACAAGCCUCGACUUUUAACUUGGCUUCCAGGCUCGAGUAUACAGAGUAUACACCCCUAUAUUCUGCACUGAUCCUAGCAAGCACACCAGAAUACUCCAAGCUCCUGGGAGAUGCUUAAUAGGAGGCACUUUGUAUGGGGGUAUGUGUGGUGUUUUUGCUUUUCUUCUCUCCCUUGGAUGCAGCCCCUUGUUUCCGCCCCUGCUUCUGUGUCAUGAGUCUGAAGGAGAAGGUGAGUUGGGGCCUGAAAGCUCCUUCCGGCCUCAGUCCGACUGGCCGGAGGAAGAGUUUAGCACGUUGCAAAAGACGUGCUAGCUAAGGUGGUUCCCUUUAACGGGUCUGAGCCACCCAGGCCUUGGCAGGCUAAAUAGCUGUUCAGCUAAAUAGAGGGGAUACGGCAAAUUGUGGCCACGUGUGGUUCCCCCGGAGGGGCAGUGACCCAAACAUUUGGCCUGGAAGAGGCCAUUCCUCUAUGAUGAGAGACCUGAAGUGGGAAUGCCAUUUGAAAUUACCAGAUUCCGGGGGCAAGACUGAACUGCUUGGUUUUGUAGGCAAAUGAUUUAGUGGGUCAGUUUCGAAGCAAUGGAAGAUGCUUGGGAAUUGGCCGUUCUGAGAAGAAGUAGGCUCGGAAGACCUCUGAGGAAUAACGGUGAUGAUUGCAUGGGCAAGGUCUUUGGCAGCUCCAGUCAAUUCCUCAUCCCCAUCUUCCCCAGGACCCCGAUCCUUCCUUUUUUUUCUUUUUCCAGGCCAAAGAGGCCAGCCUAGGGAAACGAGUCUAUCGAUGGUAUUUACUGAGCGUUUUCUGUGUGCAGAGCACUGUGCUCAGGGCUUGGGAGAGUACAAUACCACAGAGUUGGUAGACACAUUUCCUGCCCACAACCCUGGAGGGGAAAGGCUUACAACAGGGACGCCUUUUGCUGUUUUCAAGUCACCUUGCUUCAUGUGGUUCUCGGCUUUGGAUUUUUUUGCCCCUGUAUCAGGUCUGAAGAGUGAGGCGGUGGCUCGGUGGCCUCUGUAUUAACCGUGGGCAUUGCCCAACGGAUUCAAGAGGAAUUCUGUUCAGAGCCGGGGCGGGGGGCCCCCGACUCUUUAGGGAAAUUCACCUUUAAAACCAACCGUGCAGUCGCCCAACCCCUCUUUUGGCGUUGGCCUUGUUCGUCUGAGCAGUGACCCUCUCCCCACUUGGAUGUGUCGUCUUUCCGUGGAAUUCCGGCCUCUUCCCGGGCUCCUGGGAGGACACUGUACCCUGUCCUCUCCAUUCCCGGUCAAGCCCUCCCAGCCUUGGGACUACGCCUUUGAAUCCAGUUGUCGAUUCAGAGGGUAGCAGCUGGAAGCUCGAUGACUCACCAGAGGAGCGUGGAUGCCAUGAGAAACAGAAAGCAGGCACCAGAAAAAGAAAAGAGGUCAAGCUGUGGAGAGCUUUUUUUUUUUUUAACCCCUAAAUACAACUUUUGCACAGCCCUGUGAGACUUUUUUUAAACCUUUUUUUUUCCCCCUCUAUUUGGUUGUAUGGUAAUAAACACGAUUUGGGUUGUAGUGAUUCAUAGGUUAACAGCUUCAUGAUAAAGGUACUUUAUUGUGAAAAUCACAAGUGGGAAAUAAAAAGUCUGGUAUUCA